AUGGGGGACUCGCCGCGGUUGCUUCCAGAAGACGUGCUGGCGGACAUCCUAGCCCGCCUGGCGCCGCGCAGCCUCGCCGUCUCGCGCGGCGUCUGCAGGGAGUGGCGCGCCGUCGUCGACGCGCGCUGCAACCUCCUGCCGAUCUCGAUGGGCGGCUUCUUUAUCCUUACGAACGAGUCGGAGACCCCAGAAUUCUUCGUCCGGCCUUCGAUGGCGCACAAGAUUGCCGCAGACCUAGAACACUACCUGAAGAUGGACCACUGGUACUAUCCCCCAGACAUUGCGGAUUCCUGCAAUGGCCUACUCCUGCUAGAGGAUCGCGUGGUCAACCCGGCGACAAGACAAUGGGUGCGCUUGCCGCCUUACCCGGCCUUGACUGAGACUGAGAGCAGGGGCAAUGAUCGGUACCUUGCGUUCGACCCCUCAUUGUCGCCUUAUUACAAGGUGGUUUCGAUCAAAGGACCUCCUUAUCGCAAGGAUGAACGAUCAGAGGGACUAAAAUGGCCGCCCUCAGUAUGCACGUUACUUAUCUACUCAUCAAGCACAGGGAGUUGGGAGGAGAGACCGUUUGUCCGUGAAGGCCCCACUAUAACUAUCGCCGCCAACUUGUGGCCAUUUUCUGAUCUUGGACGCUCUCAUGGUGUCUACUGGAACGGAGCGCUCUACGUGUAUUGGAGCGGUUUUAGCAUGCGGUAA